AUGGCGGAAUAUGACUUGACCAAAUGUAUGGCUCCAUUUUUUGAUCUGCAUUUGAUCAUCCCUUUAUUGGAAUUCAUCGAACCUCGCAAGAUUUACGAUGAUGCUUCCCUUGUUGAAAUGCAUCGCCGCGUUCUGAUGAAGACAAAUAUGAUUGACAGUUUAACAGAGACUUAUCAAGGGCAGCCGAUUCCAAAGGAACUUGAGACUAAAAGAGCCGAAGUUCUCAAAGAGCGGGAUAUCUUGAAAGCCAGGGUUGACCCUGUUAUUGAAAUUCUCGAAUUGGAUGAUGUGAAGGAACUUAUGGAAAGCACAAGAGAUCGAGACGGAAAUAACAAAAUACUCGACUUUCUGCAACAAAAUCACAACUUCCAACUUGAUAUGAUCGAUGCUUUGUUCAAAUACGCAAAAUUCAUGUACGAAUGUGGCAACUACACAGCUGCUUCGGUUUGUCUUUACUACUAUCGUAAUCUUGUUCCACAAGCUGAUCCGAAUUAUCUAAAUGCCCUAUAUGGAAAGUUAGCCAGCGAGAUUCUGCUCCAGGAGUGGGACCAUGCUCGAGAUGAUCUGGUCAAGCUUCGUGCUUACAUCGACUCUAAUCCUUUUGACACUGAGUGGGAACUGAUCCACCAAAGGGCAUGGCUCAUGCAUUGGGCCCUUUUUGUCUACUUCAAUUAUCCAAAAGGACGUGAUGAUAUUAUUGAAAUGUUCCUCAACCAGCAAACCUAUCUCAACACAAUCCAGGUUAUGUGUCCGCAUCUUCUUCGCUAUUUGGCGGUGGCAGUCGUCACCAGUAAAAAUAAACAGAAAAAUAGCUUGAAAGACCUCAUCAAAGUCAUUGAUAUCGAGCGCCACAACUAUCAAGAUCCUGUGACAGAUUUUCUGACAUGUCUUUACAUCAAAUACGAUUUUGAUGAGGCACAAGAAAAGCUGCGGCAGUGUGAAGAGGUGUUGUCAAACGACUUCUUCCUUACUGCAUGUUUGUCCGACUUCCGUGAAUCAGCUCGACUUCUUAUCUUCGAGAUGUUCUGUCGCAUUCAUCAAUGUAUUAGCAUAGAAAUGCUUGCAAGAAGGCUCAAUAUGUCUCAGGUAGAAGCAGAACGAUGGAUUGUGGAUCUCAUUCGAAAUUACCGAAUCGAGGGAGCCAAAAUUGACAGUAAACUUGGCCAGGUCGUAAUGGGAGUUAAAGCCGUCAGUAUUCAUGAGCAGGUGAUGGAGAAUACCAAACGAUUGACUUUACGAGCACAACAAAUUGCUUUACAACUGGAAAAAGCGCGAACUGAGCGAAAGACAACUGUGUAG